GUGUUUGCCCUAUUUGGAUUUGUCCUGAUUGGUUACCUGGUCGGUGAGCUCGAUCCGAGGGUUAGGGUUUGUUUCGUGUUCUCGAUCCGCUGGGUUGUCGAAUCCCUGUUCCUAGAUCUCCUCUUCCAUCAUCUUGUUUUGGAUUUUGCAGCCUUUCCCCUCUCGCGAUUUAAUGUUAUCGUUACACCUGUGGCAUCGACAUCGGGUCGCUUCAAUUCUGCCUUUCCCCUAUCGCGAUUAGUGUUAUCGUUACACCUGUGGCAUCGAGAUCGGGUCGCUUCAUUUCUGACAAAUAAGCUCUCUGAUGCUACCAAUUUCUUGGGGUUAAAGAUGGUGUUCAACCAUAGCAAACAAUCUUCUGCUGAUCACACAUCUGACCGAUUUGCUUAUGAGCGUGCAAGACAUCUGGCUUCUGAUGAUCAACUUGCACAAUAUGCUGAAGAUUCUCCAUCUCUGGCUAUCCCUGCUAAAUCACCAGCUUCAGGUAAAGGGAAGAAGGAUUUUUUGAGCUGUCACAAAGAUUUUGAGAACGAGACUGCUGAUCAUUCCUAUGACAACUCUCAUAAUGGUCUCAGUGGCAAUCCUAGUCUGUCAUGGGUGACAGGCAACACUAGCAUGGAUAUUUGGUUAGAUAAUGGCAAACGAUCUCUUUGUGAUGGUGAGACUUGUGAACAUGGUAGCAAGCGUUCGAAGCAAGCGGACCAAAAUUUACAAUUGUGUUCGUCCAAAAUUUGCAUCAGUGCUUUCGAGGAGUCACCUUCAGUUGCUCCUGAGGAUAGGAAGGAUAGAGGGACUGCUGCUGUUGCUGGCGAUCUUGUUAAUCAGGCAACUAGCAGCAAUUGGUUCAGCCGAGAAUCUGCUUUGGACUCACCUAUUAGGAUACCUUCCUAUCCUAGUUAUUAUGGAGAUACCUGUCAGGCAACUGGAUCUGAUCAAGUCGAGGAUAGAUAUUCACCUGUUUUUGAUUACCAUGGUCGGAAACAUGUUCCUAUUGGUGCUAAUCAUCAGGCUGAUCUUCCAGAGUGGGGGUCCCAAGAUUUUAAGAACCAUAUAAGGGAUAAUGAUGUUUGUGCAUCUCCAAUGACCCCAGUGACAACUUCACUGUCGUGUGAUAAUGUUGUAAUUGAUGGGGAUGACGGUGAUAAAUGGGUUGGGACAUGUGUAAUUCCUAUGCCUGAUUCUGCGGUAUUGGCUUCAGAUGUUUUAGCCUACCAUAAGAUGGAGUGUAGCUGUCUAGAUGCGGGUUCGAUUAGAUGUGUGAGGCAGCAUGUGAUGCAAGCUAGACAAAAGCUCAAGCAAAAGUUGGGGCACAAAACAUUUUUAGAGCUGGGUUUUGGCAAUAUGGGCGAGGUUGUAACUGAAAAAUGGACUGAAGAGGAGGAACAACUAUUUUAUGAAGUUGUGUUAUUAAAUCCUGCAUCGCUGGGCAAGAACUUCUGGAAGAAAUUGCCUCAGGUGUUUCCUACUCGAAGUAGUAAAGAACUAAUAAGCUACUACUUCAACGUAUUCAUGCUUCGAAAGCGAGCUGAACAGAAUAGAUUGGAUCCACUGCAUGUAGACAGUGAUGAUGAUGAAUGGCAAGAAAGUGAUGAUGGUGAAUCUUCAACGGAAGAAGAAGAUUCUGUUGUCGAAUCUCCUCCAGCAGAUCAAGAUGUUGCUGGUGAAGAAGAUGAUCUCGAGGAAGCAGAAAUAGCCGAGGAAGAUGAUGAUGUAGAGGAUUGUGUUUAUUACCACCUUGCUGGGUACAAUGAGAAACAGCCCUCUGGUGUUAUAAACAGACACAUUGUUGGUGAGUCAACCCUUCAUUCUAGCAUGACUGCGAGCAAUUUGGACCAUUUCAUGGAGGAGCAUGACAUUCAGGAUGAUUCAUGCACAUCUUAUGAGGGCCAGCACAACGGGGUUGUUUCAUGUGAUGCUGUUGAUAUAUCUGACUUGCAUCAUGGGUUGAUUGAGGACCAUGAGAACUUGCACAACGAGCACCGCAAUGAUGGUCUGAGUGGGUUAGCAGAUUAUGGUUUCUUUGAUGGCCAUUCUGAUCUAAAAUCAUGGGAUAUGAGGUAUAGCUGUGGAACAGAGAAAGAUGACUUCUUUUCGACAUGUAACGUGAUAGAGGAGGUGUUUGGAAAAGAACCUUUGGAUAAGUGAAAGCCUAGCUGUCGUGAUCUUGGCAGUUCUUGAUUAGUGUCGGGUAAUUGCUUCCUUGCUUUAUCUUGUGUUGCCCUUCAUGAGGCAUUUUUCUGAGUUGAAAGCUUUGGUCUCCUACGAUUAGGUUUCCUAAUCAAAUCAAAUCGGUUUAGCCUUUUGUGUCUUCCCUUUGUAAAUUAUGUGAAUUAGGGGCUGUCCUGCCUUGUGAAGAAAAUUGUGUAAUCGAGAACCUUAUAUAUCGGUACAAUCCAUUUUUCCUUUCUGAAUCAUCCACCGUCUUGGGGAACUUGUCAGGGAGGAUAAAGCUAUUGAAUCUGGCAAAAUGUAUGGUCAUGAGUUCACCUAAAUAUUUGUUUGUCAUAGAACUAUUUGUUCUUGUAAAUUUAUAUGAAUAUUUUCUCUAGCA